CCCGGGCGCCUGGCACCGCGCCGGCGUGGGGGCUGCGGCCGCGACUUUCGCGUGUGCUCCCUGUCCAUCUUCCCCCGCGCGGGGGCCGGACCCGCGGUCGCGGGCUGUAGACCGCCGGGGGGCGGGGGAUGCCGGGCUGCCGCAUUAGCGCCUGCGGCCCGGGGGCCCAGGAAGGGACGGCGGAACCGGGGUCCCCGCCGCCACCUCCCCGGGAGCCCCUACCGUCCCCUCAGCCCCCGCCCCCAACUCCGACCUCGACCGGGACCCCAGCUCAGGCCUCGCCGCUGACCGAGACGGCCCCGGCGUCAGCGGGCUCGGCCGAGGGGCAGGAGCUGCAGCGCUGGCGCCAGGGCCCUAGCGGGGGCACGGGGGGCACCGGGCCGGGCAGCGGCGCGGGCGCGGCGGCGGCGGCGGCGGCGGGGGCCGGGGGCCGCGCGCUGGAGCUGGCCGAGGCGCGGCGGCGCCUGCUGGAGGUGGAGGGCCGCCGGCGCCUGGUGUCGGAGCUGGAGAGCCGCGUGUUGCAGCUGCACCGCGUCUUCCUGGCCGCCGAGCUGCGCCUGGCGCACCGCGCCGAGAGCCUGGGCCGCCUGGGCGGCGGCGUGGCCCAAGCCGAGCUCUACCUAGCGGCGCACGGGGCGCGCCUCAAGAAGGGCCAGCGGCGAGGCCGACGCGCCCGGCCGCCCGCGCUGCUCGCCUCGGCGCUGGGCCUGGGCAGCUGCGUGCCCUGGGGCGCGGGACGCCUGCGGCGCGGCCACGGCCCGGAGCCCGACUCCCCGUUCCGCCGGAGCCCGCCCCGCGGCCCCGCCUCGCCCCAGCGCUGACCUCCGCAGCAGCAGCCCUGGCCGUCCCCGACAGGUCAUCGCCCAGGUGCCGAGGGACGGAGGGCGGACGCCGGCUGGAUGGACAGCGUCACCGAUGCGGACCGAGCGACCCGGCGACUACUGGAAGAGUCGGCCUGGGGGCCGGGGCCCAGGAAAGGUUGAGCACAUCCCAGCUCCUCUGCGCCCUGGAGCUGCUCUGGUCAGCAUGCCGGGAAUCUGCUCCUUUCCUGGGCACCUCCUCCAGGAAGCCUUCGCCAGUGGACCCUCCACAGCCUGGUGCUCUCCUCCUGCCCCAGACAGCAGUGGGGGUUGACCGCUGGAAGGCUGUCUAUACUCUAUUUCUUUAUAUUUGCUAUAUUUGACUUAGGCUUAUUAUGCACACUUAGCAACAUGGUAACGUGUCUCAGGUGCAGAUUAUUUGAGAGUGCAGUAUAUACUUCCAAUGUGGAAACACAAACUUUGUCUUUAAAAUGUAGUCAUCAUUCUUAAAUAAGUCAUAGCCUAGUGGGGCCCCAUUUUUGUUGAUGCCGUUGCUUCUGAGUCUACGGGCUCUGGGAGACAAGUUGAAGGGUCAGCACUGGCCUGAGAAAGCCCCUCGUUUUCCUGGUUCCAUGGAGGGUGUCCCUGUGGCACCUCAGAAAGAGGAUCAGCUGCUGAUUCCUGGCGGAAUGCACCUCUUAAAUGACAGCAGCACAGCUCUACAUAGCAGAUGACUCACAUUUGUGAGGCCCUGGGUUUGAUCCUCCCCACCCCAAAAAAAAAAAUUCUCAGCAAAGUUUUAAAUGAAAAAAUGAAAGUAUUUAUUAUUUAUUCAAGUGUCCUGAUAUUGGAGUGGGAGAGGGUGCACUUCCUCACACACAACUCAAACUUGUAGAACUCUGCAAAAUGAAUGUAUCUGGAGUCCGUCCCCCGAGUUACCUAAUCAGGAAGAAUAAAUGUCAGCAGUGCAAGAGAAA